AUGGCGAUCCUAACCUCACCCCUCCUGAUCCGCUCACACGCUCUCACUCUCCUCACGCUAUCCUACUACCUCAUCACAUCACCAUCCACAAUCCUCUCCUCCUCCGCUCUUACCCUCCUCGGCCAAUCCAUGCGUCUUCCCCCAGCAGCAUUCCAGCCCUACCGCAACACUCUCACACAAGCCUACAGCGUGGUCACGCCGGCGACACACGAGCUAUGCGGUCUGCUGGGACUAGUGUUGGGCGUGAUGGCACUGGGGGAGCUGUUGUGGGCUGGCGGCUUGGGUGUAGGGGAGACGUUGCGGUACGAGGAGGGAAGCCAGAGCGGGUUUGGAGUCAAGCGGGUCAGUAGGGAGCGGAAGGGCGAGGAUUUGGCUGUCUUGAGUGCUGCGCAAGGGAGCUGGAUGGGGCAAGCGGUGCUGAGAGUAGGGCUGGAAGGGUUGCUGUGUAUCUGGAGCUAUCUUGUUUGGGGCGAUCGGGAUCUACUGGGGCUUUCGGGUGGGAAGUCGCGCAAUCGUGGUGCGACGGGCGAUGGAAGUCUGCGGAUGGUGUUGGGCAAUCAGGUGGUGUUCACGCUCGCGCUGCUGGAUAUGCUAUUCUGGGGUUGGGUGUGGACGGUGAUUAGGGAGGAGAGGAGGGAGGUGCUGAGAGGAGUGCAGCAGUGGAGGGAAGAGGGGGUAGGUGAGGAGGAAAGGGACGAGUGA